GCAUAAUACAAUGACAUCUUCAAUUUUUAUAAAAAAAUAACACAGUCAAUCCUAUUAAUCUAGGAGUAAACAUUUGUUGCCUAACACGUUAUAUGUUUUAUCAUAUCAUACUCAGUUGUGGCACUGAUUGGAAGCAAGCGGCAAAUAAAUCAUUAUAGAGGAGAUGGCAUGGUGUUCAGCUGGAAAUCGUCCAAUAUCUAUACCCUUUGCUAUGCCCUUGCACUCUCCAAACGGGAAUAUUUGCACAGCCGCAGAAAAUGGUGCUGCAACAAUAGGCGAAAAAUGUUGUCAUGACUACGAGGACAGAUGGAGGUGGAAACUCGUGCUGGCUUAUAAUGGCACCAAAUAUGCAGGAUGGCAGUAUCAGAUAAAACCAGCAACAGUGCAAUGCAUUGUUGGGGAUGCCUUAACAAAGAUUACAAAGUUGGGAAGAAAGGAGCUUGGCUUGGUUGGUGCAAGCCGAACUGAUGCAGGUGUCCAUGCGUGGGGUCAGAAUUAAUCUGACUGCCCUGCUCCCGACAUCAUGUUCCAAUUGUUCUGCUGCUGGCAUAAACCUGAAUGCUCCCGACUAUAUUGACCUAUUAAAUGUGAAAGCUUGACCAACAUUCUCCAACUUGCACAU